UAUCUCAGUUUCGUUGCUGUUUAAUUGAAGAAAGUUUUGGCUCUUGCAGUUAUUUAGAUUUUUAGGGAAACUAAAUUAAUCCAUAGGUUGUUAAUGUAAAGUUGGUGACAUGAUUGUUAGACAUUCUUGCGCGUUAGGUGGGGUUAUGCACCUUAACGUUGUUUCCAAUGCGCCUGUAAAAGAAAGAAGAAAAUCCUCGUUUCAACGGAAGUGUGAAAUAAUUGUGCGUGUGUUGAGAAGUCUGGUUGGAUGUAAAUUGGGGUCAAAUAGGAAGACCAUGUGCUUGAUAUAAGGCUAUGAUUAGGUCAACAAUCGAUUAUGGCAGUUUUGUGUAAGAGUCCCCCACGCCCCCAUCUUUCUUCCAAAUUGUAGUUGAAGCAUUGUAUCUGAGGAGGGCAGUCAUACGUCUUGUGGCGUUUUACACUGCCGGACACCCAAACAAAGAAGAAAGAACAAAUCCGCGUUCGGAUUGGCUCCUCGCGGACUCGAGCCGGAAGCGCGGGGAUGUUUGUUAGUGUUCAAAAAUGGAGGCUGCAGGGUCUGGCUGUGUUCGAUUCUUGCGUACCAUUUAAGAGAGUCGACCUGAUAAAGACGCCUGCCCUGCAACUGAUUUGCGUGACUUUUUUUGUCAGUGUAAAGCAAGUUGACUUGUGUCUCCAGUUAUGAUGCACUUAAAGACAAUGACGCCUGCCAAGACUUCAAAGCAGGCUCUGGCUGCGGCAUCCAAAAUUAGAAAUAAACUGCACAACACCUCCUCUUUCUUCAAGAUCUCAUUGAAGACCAACAACAAGGCCCUGGCUCUCGCCCUGCAGGCUGAGAAGCAUAGGUGCAUGCUGCUACAGAUGGAGAAUAUCCACCUGAGAAAGUCAGAGGAGUCCCUGUGCUUUGAUUUGGCCACCAAGAAGUAUAAGUACAGGAAACUGCUCCUCAUAUUGAAAAGCUUUCAGAGCAGCACUCUUCAGCACUUGAACAUGGUGGCUGAAUUAUUCCCUGAGAGUGAUCUCUUUGAACCAUCCGAGGACCACAACAUCCUCCCUGCUGACCCUGUCAACCUUCCAGUUAAUAAUCCUGACAGAUUUCCAGGUAUGGUACCAGAUCCUCCAGAAGUUUCAAAGGAUUCAGCAGAACUCCAUCCAGAAAUGCGAGCAGACAGUCUUGAAAACGACAUGCCUGCAGUAUUGCCUGUCCUCAGCAGGCAGUCGACUAUUUGCAAAGCAAUGACAGACAAUGAGAAAAGGCAUUCAAACCAGCAGGCACUUGAGAUGGAGUCGGCCCUACAGGCCAGUAGCUUAAGGGAAAAAGUGUCAGCCAGGUUCCCUCAGUCCAGCUACGACAUCAACUCAACGUGUCAAUGGAGCAGCCAAACAUCUUCAGCUCGCAGUACUGCUGAAACACCAGCUCCCUCUGCUGAAGUCAACGCUCCUUGUGAUUUUGUAGAAGUUGUGCCGGAGAACACAGUCGUCCUCAACACAACCAUGGAGAUUACUCAAUGUAAUGCUGCUGAAAUUGUCAUUCAUUCCGCAGAGGAAAAAGCGGUACAGAAAGCGAAACGCAAGAAGAAGAAUGAACUCAAUUUUAGGUCAGGUCUUGCAGACAGUUCACAAGUUAUUGACAAGGCAGACUCUGGUGUUAGCGAGACAGACCCAAAACCUGGUAACGUCAUGUCCGAUACAGAAGACCAGGCACCAGUAGGUUUUAACAAUCCCAAAGCUGAGUGUCGAAGUAAUAUCACAUCACAUGUACCCAAAAUAACUAAACCCAGAGUGAGCAGCCAUCAAAAGGUAAAACGCACCAAGUCAAAGGGGGAUUCUGGUGAUGCUGUCAGUCCUGCCUUGAAUGAUUAUCUCAUGAGUCAUGACACCUUUUCCUUCAAACCCAAUGAGAGGGAGAAGUUACCCGCAGUGAAUGAUUCCUCAGAAAAAAAAAUGUCAAACAUCACGUGCAGGAAGAAAAGUCGGAAGUGGCCUUUAGGGACCAGUAUGAUGUCAAUGUUCCCACAUCAUGCCCAAGAGAAUGGAGGACGCACAAUGGACAAAAAUGAGGGAACAGCCAAUUUUGCAGAGUCAGAGGAACCAAACCAUCCUGUUACACGUGAUAAUGAAGCGCAGAUAAACACUGAGACAUCUGUGGAGUCUGGAAGAUGUCCCAAAUCAAGGCGCAGAGGUACAUUUGUUAUAUCUGUGGCUCACACGACAGACAUUAGAGAAGAACUAGAACUGUUGUCGAAAGAUAAGGACUCCAUCCGGGAAGUAGAAGAAUCAUCCCAAUGUUGGGUGACCAGAGAUGGCGGUUCUGUCGUGGCAACGCCAAGUUCCUGCAAGCGUCCUUGGGUUGCCACUCAGGAUCCAGGCAGCCUUCCAGUAAACCGUAAUAACCAAGAUGAUAUACCGCAGCUGAAGGAAUUCUCGGUUGAAGGGUAUCAGUUUCAGAAGCCUAAAAAAGCGAGGCAAGAGGUCUCAAGCAGAUCCAACAGGAAGAAAGUGCAACGCAGUAAUGAAUCUGGUGAUCAUGCGACAGAUAAGAAGAACAAACGAUCCCAUGGCAAAGGCUUUUGUCCUGUUGAUGAAGUGACUUAUCUUCCGGAUCCCACUGACUCCCCUUUCUGUAAUGAGUUUGCAUUCUUUGAUGAUCCUGGUGACAUGCACGAUGAAGAUAAUGAAACAUUUACAUCAAAAUCCAGAGUGAAUCGAAAUUCUAGAUGGUACAGAAAGACGUCCAAACUGCCUUCACCAGACAACCGCUCCAGAAGUCAGAGCAAGAUGUUUGUCGUUUCCAGGCCGGAAAUACCAGCCUGGACCCCUAUAAACAUGACUAUAUCGAACGAGAUGGCUGCAAAUUCGGGCGAAGGGGAAGCAGCUUGUCAACAUUUGUGUGACCUGAUCACUGAUGAGAUACCACCAUUGUUGAACGUCUCUAUUGCAGACACAGAGCCAGGCUCUUUAAGUUGUAGUCUCAAACAACACACCUUGAGGGGGCAACAAGUGAUAGAGGAGAUUGUAUCGAUCACCCCUGAAUCUUCUACAGGAAGAGCCUUAAUGUCACUCACCAACAAGAUUGCCACCCCAGAUAAAGAGAACGAAGGGAGGAGCAGGAGGCGCAAGGGCUUGGUCAGUUACAAGGAGCCAUCCCUGAAUAGCAAAAUGCGGCGUGGUGACAAAUUCACAGACUCCAUGUUCCUGAACUCUCCAGCCUUUAAAGGCAGCAAGAAAAAGAAGCAGAAGUCACAACCAUCCAUCUGUAAAGAUUGAUUUUAACUUUUUCAUGUUGUUGGCUUUAAUGCACGUUUAAUAUAUACAUAUAUAUUUUUUGAAAUAAACUGUGAUUUACUGGCUGUUUAUACUGUUCAUGAAGCGUGUGUGUUGGUUUGAGGCUGGCCAUAAAUGAUUCAGUUGUGCUUGUUCAACCGAGACGUCGCCUUUUGUUUCUCAUGUGAAGGUCACUGCAUUGAGUUUGGUCUUGCUGGACAUAAACUGUAACAUGUUGACAUACUUUUAUGUGUACAACUGUGGUGAGUACAAAAGCGUGAAUGUGUUUUACACAGGUUACAGUACUGUUUCUCUUUGUAUUGAUUAACAUUGAUUGAUUAACAAGGUGAA